UUAAUCCUGAUCCAGGAUCAGAGGACAGAGGAGGAGAGACCAGAUCGAUAAACCUGACGACAGACAGACAGAGAGACAGACAGGUGGAUUCAGAGUCCCAGUGGGAGGAAACUGUCUCUGCAGCUUCAGUUUUGUUGGAGGAGGAGAUUCAUGUAACUGAUCAGUGACUGCAGUGAAGAGGAGAUGAUUAAAGAGGAAUAACAGCAUCGGAGGAAGAUGAGGAGAAAAGAGGAGAAACAUGAAACCACAGGAGCUCCAUCUGGUGUUGGUGGCUGAGUCCUUGUGAGGUGGUGGUGGGUGGAGCUUAGCCCUCCGAGCCACCGUCUGGUAGUUGAGCUGUGAUGAUCGCCACCGGUGGUCUUCUGCGGAUCAACGCAAGGCGGCAGGACUCUUUACGAUCAAAACCACGCAAUGCUCAAACUCACAAGAGGAAGAGCAAGAAGAAGAGGAGGAGCGAGGUGGUGGUGGUGAAAGGAAAGCUAAAGCUUUGUUCGGCCUCGGGUCUGGUUGCUGCUGUGGGUAUCCUGGUCCUGCUUGUGGGUGUGGUCAUGGCAGCUUUGGGCUACUGGCCUCGAGAUGGGCUGUUCUUCACUGCUCAGCCACCAGAGGGCACCGUCAUGGCCCCAGGGUCCACCACCAGCUCCCCUCCUGGACCUGCUGAUGCUCAGGAGGAAGAUGAAGAGGGUUUUAACAGCACACAAAGUACCAACGGGACGACUCAGAUCCUUCCUCGAAGCUUCCUGGAGGAUUUUCUGGACAGGUAUCUGUACUCUGAUAGGCUGAAGGUCUUCGGUCCUCUCAUCAUGGGCAUUGGGAUCUUCCUGUUUAUUUGCGCUAAUGCUGUUCUUCAUGAGAACCGGGACAAGAAGACAAAGGUCAUCAACUUGAGGGACAUUUACUCCACUGUCAUUGACCUCCACAGCCUCCGUAAGCCCGCCUCCUCCUCCGCCUCCACCAAUCCACUCAACGGCCUCGUCAAUUACAUUCAAUCAAAGAGCCUGGAGGCCAAACCGCGGGCGUAUCCGGCCUCGCUGUUGAGUAAGAAGGACGGAGGAGCAGGAGGAGCAGGAGGAGCAGGAGGAGUGUUCAGUAUUUACCAGGAGCACAGACUCUCCCUGCCUCCCAGCUUUAGCCCCGCCCCCCGCUCCCCUCACUGUGCCUCCCCACAGAAGGAGGUGCUCAGCUCCUUCACACUGCCACUGCGACGGCCACGCCCUCCGGCGUUGAAGAGGAGACACUCUGCCACAGGAGGAGAAGGAACAUACUCUCCACCUCCCCUGGGCUCCUCAACCCCUCCACCUGAACCACCAACAGCAGCUCCUCCUCCCUCACUCACCUCCUUCCAGGAGGUGUGGCCAGAUGGUUCUCAGGCCCUCCUCCUGUCCUCAUCCACCCUAAGCCCCUCCCACAUGUCCCUGUCCUCCCUGUCCCACCUCCUGUCCUCUUCCUCCUCCACGCCUACCAGGAGGCGGAGUCUGCCGGUCGCUAGCAGCUCCACGGCAUACUGUAAACUGACCCACGGUGAGGGUGAAUCCUUUGGUUCCACCGAGACCUCCCCCCAGGGUGGAGCCCAGAUGCCAGAGGAGGCAACAGCACAGAGGUGGAGGUUCUCCAACAUAGAGAAGCUGCAGAUGAUCUCACAGGUAGACUGUGGACUGAGGAGGACUGAGGAGGACUAAGGACAGGAACUGAGGAGGACUAAGGAUGAGGACUGAGGAGGACUAAGGAUGAGGACUG